AUGGCGGAGCUGCCCCGAGCGACCCCCGCGGACAGAAGGGAGCGACCGGGCCGGCGAGUGACACCCGGGGGCGGUGACAGCCCGGGCCGAGCCGGGAGCGGCUCCGCCCAGCGCCGCUCUCGCCGGCCCACGACGGCCGCGUCCCUCCGCGGGGAGCGGAAGAGGCGCGGCCAGCGCGGCGGCCUCCGUAGGGCGGGAUGGUCCAAAUGGCGGCUGCCGGUUCUCCUGGGGAAGAAGUUUAGCUUUGGGAAGAUUCUCUUCAGCAACACCACCAUUUUCCUGAGAUUUGAAGGAGAUGAAAAAGCUUGUGAACCUUCCCAGGGUUUCAAUGUAACUUGGUACUUAAGAUACUCUGACUGCUACAAUGAAGUCUUCAACUUUGGGGAUGAACAAGCAGAUAACUACUUUGGGACUACAGCUGAAGAGCAUCCGGGUUGGUCAGGAUACUAUGCCACUGCUUCUCUCCUCUUUCCAAACUGCUCUGAGCUCUUCAGGCCUCAGAUUUUCUAUAAAGAAUUUGUUCAUCCAGAGCCUCUCUCACCCGAGAAACAAGAGGGCUUAAAGGAUAAGAAGGAGAGUGCAGGAAAUCAUACAAUGGUGACAGAUAAAACUGCAAUGAAUGCUGUUAUCAAAACUUGGCGAGAUGGGCCAUAUAUCUUUAUUGUGCAAAUUGCACUUACAAAUGCAAAGGAUUCUACUGCCAGACUGAAAAGAACUGAGAGAACAACACCUUCCUCAUAUCAGAACAAGCUGUUUACAAUGACAGUAGAACUGAAGGGGCCGUAUGAGUAUCUUUCACUUGCAGACUACCCUCUGAUGAUUUUUUUCAUGGUGAUGUGUAUUGUGUACGUAUUCUUCGGGGUUCUGUGGCUUGCGUGGUCAGCCUGUUACUGGCGGGAUCUGCUGAGGAUCCAGUUCUGGAUUGGGGCUGUUAUUUUCCUGGGAAUGCUUGAGAAGGCCGUUUUCUACGCCGAGUUCCAGAACAUCCGCUACACGGGCGAAUCCGUUCAAGGAGCAGUAAUACUGGCAGAACUUCUUUCUGCUGUCAAGCGCUCGUUGGCUCGGACUCUGGUCAUCAUAGUCAGCCUGGGAUAUGGGAUAGUCAAACCUCGCCUUGGAGUGACUCUUCACAAAGUAGUUAUGGCUGGAGCCCUUUAUCUGUUAUUUUCUGGCAUGGAAGGUGUUCUUAGAGUCACAGGGUUUUUCUAUGACACUCUGGCUCUGAUAGCAAACUUGGCCCUGUCCAUGAUUGAUGCCUGUAUUAUUUUGUGGAUAUUCAUCAGUUUAACUCAAACAAUGAAGCUGCUAAAACUUCGAAGGAAUGUUGUGAAACUCUCUUUGUAUCGGCACUUCACCAACACACUCAUCUUGGCAGUAGCAGCAUCUAUUGUAUUCAUCAUCUGGACAACCAUGAAGUUCAGGCUGGUGGACUGUCAGUCGGACUGGCAAGAGCUAUGGGUGGAUGAUGCCAUCUGGCGUUUAUUAUUUUCAAUGAUCCUUUUUGUCAUCAUGAUUCUGUGGAGACCAUCUGCUAACAACCAAAGGUUUGCUUUCUCACCACUGUCAGAAGAGGAGGAUGAUGAUGAACAGAAAGAGCCAAUGUUAAAAGAAAGCUUUGAGGGAAUGAAAAUGAGAAGUACAAAGCAAGAACCAAAUGGGAAUGUAAAAGCAAACAAAGUUCAAGAGGAUGACCUGAAGUGGGUAGAGGAGAACGUUCCUUCAUCAGUGACAGAUGUGGCUCUUCCAGCUCUUCUGGAUUCAGAUGAGGAAAGAAUGAUUACCCACUUCGAAAGGUCCAAAAUGGAAUGAAGGAGUAGCUUUUUGCUCUUGGAAGUGGAGACACCUCUUUUAAAGUUGCUUGGUGGAGCAAGUGCACCCUGCUGAUUUGUCUCUUGAUCUCAGCCUUGAAAGUUUGAUGCUUUAAUGUCAUGGAGGGUGUCUUGCUGUGGAAGAAGUUCACAAGGACAUUAUAAACCUUUUGGAAAUUUGAAUUUAAAGUUGCUGCAAGUUUGGAUUUUUAAGCAAUUGACAUGUGUACUAUUCCAGCACCUUCUGUAACUUUUCAAAUAUUUAAUCUGUGAAACUAAAAUUCCUAAUGUCUGCUUGAGGAGUUUAUAUUUCGAUGUUACAAUUGACACUUAGAGGUGAACUGCCUGUACCUUUUUGGGGGGAGGGUGGGGACAGAUAGAAAAAAGCACUGAAGAAACAGACCCAUUUUUCUGGUAGAUAACAGCUGCUGUUGUGUGUCAUGUGUUCAACAUGCAUGAAAGAGUUUUAGAGAGAAGCUCCUGUUGAUGAAGAAAAUGAAGAUGGCAGAAAGGAAAUAUUUGGAAAAGUUACAGUGAUAUGAGUUUUUAACAAAAUCAAGUGCAAUUUUAUUCAUAACACUGUGUAUGAAAGAUUUUCUAUUUUAAAUGCCAUUGACCUGUAGGUAGCAGCUGCCUAGAGCUAACACUCACUGUUGUGGCACAUCUCAUUGCCGGCAAUGUGGUGGAUGCCUGGAAAAAGGAUUUGCCCCUACCUUCCAUAUGUUGCAUGAUUUCAUUUAAAAAAAUACCCCAACAAAUAAAACAACAGAAGCAAACAUCACCAGAACCACUCCUGCAGUGCUCCACAAGUGCUUGACUACAUGUUAAGCAGAUACUAACUGAAUGUUUCAGCAGAAAUCUUCUCCCUUUAUGUGUAACAUCUCCCACCAAGAAGUUGGCACUCCUCUAUGAGAAGAUGGCAUUGCUUUCUAGGGUGUGAGCACUGCCUGCCUUACUUGAAAGAGGAUUUAUGGGGAGUCCACAGCACGGGGAUAGUUCUGUUCCCAGUGUCUGUUUAGAAUUGCUUCCUAUGUAAGUGAUUUGAUGCUGGGCUUUCCUGUCCCAACUGGUCCUUGUGGCCAAGAGGUACUCUGAGAUCACUGUGUUUCAGUCAGAGUUGCAGGUUUCUGUUCUAUAUAAUUGCAUUUUGUUUCUCCUUUUAAAAUGAAGAAGAGCUUUUGGACAAUGUUCCGGUUUUUGCUUGGCUGCAACAGCUGAAGUUGCAAUAAGUUCCUCAUGGAAACCUGUCAUGGACUGCAUGACAAAAGCUCUAAUUUGGGUUCAUAACCUUUAAAACUGAUCAUUGGGAGGCAAGCAGCAGCUGGAUAUCUAGGAAGCAGAUGUGGCUGCUGCUGGAACGGUGUAGAGCAUCAGCUUUUCUGGUUCUUCUCCUAGCUAUGUCAGCAGAAGUGAACAUGUGCCUGUACUUCAUUCUUUCCACUGUAAGGUCUGGUAGCUUAGCUGUAGCUCCUCUUUCUCAGCAAUUCAAGCUGAACAUGGCACUUUACAGUACAGUAGCUGAGGCACAAGGACAUAGCAUCUUCUGCUAGCUGUGUUGUGAGAAGGGCAGAGAUAAAAGGUGUGGCUGUAGCACCUCACUGCUUCUGCAAGAAUUGCUGGAGCUCUUCUGCCAUCCUCUUCAGGUUGCAGAUAGAAUCUUUAAUUAGAAAACACUUCUAAUUUGCUAUGCUUAAUUGAUAUAGAUGAAAAAAAUAUUACCUCCGUGUCCUUUUGGGGAGAGGAAAUUUUUGUGAAAUAAAGCUACACAAAGCUUGCUAUUUAAUUUUUUUGUUUUGUUUUGUUUUCAUUUUUAAAGAAAUCCUAUUGGUUUGGGUUGUUUGGGUUUUUUGAAACAAAUAGGUAAAAAUGUUCUCUACUGGAAGCACAAAAGUUUGUAUGUACUAUUUAAUAAAGGCUAGGCAAAGAGUAGAAAGGCUCACAUUGUGUCCUUCCAGUUUCUUUACUCCCUCUACUCUCACAUGAAGUGUUAACACUUUCACAAAGCUGCCUGACUUUAGCUCUAGUCCAUGGUAUAUAUAAUGCAGUUAUUCCCAACAGUUCUUUUUAAGAUUGAAAAUGAAGUCUGUCAUUUGAAAAGCUAAUGGAGAUAGAGCAAAUAAUUAAUUUCUGAAAAAAAAGUAAAAGAACCAACCAGUUUCUCUAAUUGUAUCAAUAGUUCAAUUGUUAAUUUAAAAGCUAAAAUAAACCUAGUAGCAGCGUGGUG